UCAUCGGAGAGAGAGAGAGAGAGAGAGAGAGAGAGAGAGAGAGAGAGAGAAGUAAUGGCGGCCGGUUAGAGUCUCUCACUAACACCGUGUCCGUGUCCUCGUCCUCUCGUCCUCUCGUCCUCUCUCAGCCGCUCUCAGCAGCCUCUCCCCGCGGCGGAGCCAGCGAGACCGACCCGGAGCGGAGAGCCGGGCUCCUCUAGGGGGGGACGGGAACCCGGGACUUUCCUGAUACUUUAGAUAUAAAACUAACACAACAAACAUGGACGAGCAGCCCGGAGGAGGAGGAGGAGCAGGAGCAGGAGGAGCAGGAGAGGAGGAGGAGCAGCAGCAGCAGGAGCAGCAGGAGCAGCGGGCUCCCUGAGGCAGCAGCAGCUCGCCAGCAACAUUAACGCUAAUCCGCCGCUCGGAGGAGGAGGAGGAGGAGGAGGAGGUGUUGGAGCUGGAGGAGUCAUGGUUCCCCACCAGCCGGACGAGCUGCCCCGGCAGCAGCAGCAGCAGCAGUACACCAUGCCGGGCAUCCUGCACUACAUCCAGCACGAGUGGGCCCGGUUCGAGAUGGAGAGAGCUCACUGGGAGGUGGAGCGGGCCGAGCUGCAGGCGAGGAUAGCGUUCCUGCAGGGGGAGAGGAAAGGUCAGGAGAACCUGAAGAACGACCUGGUCAGAAGAAUAAAAAUGUUAGAAUACGCUCUAAAACAGGAACGAGCGAAAUACCACAAGUUAAAAUAUGGAACGGAGUUAAACCAAGGGGAGAUGAAGAUGCCAAGCUUUGAAUCAGACACCAAAGACUCUGAGGUCUCUGCUGUUCCUGCCAACAGUCAGCUCACCUGGAAACAAGGAAGACAACUACUCAGACAGUACCUACAGGAAGUGGGCUACACAGACACCAUCCUGGACGUGCGUACUCAGAGGGUUCGCUCUCUGCUCGGCCUGUCGGGCUCCGAGCAGAACGGUUCUGUGGAGAACAAGAACCUGCAGCACCUGAUCAACGGGACGGAGCGCCGCAAGGACAGCAAGAGGAGUCCAGGUGACGUUCUGGAGACGUUCAACUUCCUGGAGAACGCAGAGGACAGCGACGAAGACGAGGACGAGGAGGGAGACCUGAUGGACGACAUCACCGACAAACACCCCCGAGCCAAGAAACACAAGACCAAGGUGGGGAACGAGGGCUUGGCGUCGGAGGACGACGCCGACACGGAGGAGGCUCUGAAGGAGUUUGACUUCCUGGUGACGGCGGAGGACGGCGAGGGAGCCGGCGAGGCUCGGAGCUCUGGAGACGGGACGGAGUGGGCGGAGCCUCUCCCGUUUCCUCCCGGCGGGGGGAAGUCCUUCCUGUUGGGGGGCUCAGACGACGUGUUGGAGAGCGUGCUGGGUUUGGGCGACCUCGCCGACCUCACCGUCACCAACGACGAAACAGACUACAGCUACGACCUGCCGUCCAAUAAGGAGUCUUCGUUCAGGAAGACGUGGAACCCCAAGUACACGCUGCGGAGCCACUUCGACGGCGUCCGAGCGCUGGCCUUCCACCCUGUGGAGCCCUGUCUGGUCACCGUGUCCGAGGACCACACCCUCAAACUGUGGAACCUCACCAAGACCGUCCCUGCCAAAAAAAGUGCCUCUUUUGAUGUGGAGCCCGUCUACACUUUCAGAGCCCACGUCGGUCCCGUGUUGUCGUUGGCGAUGACGUCCAGCGGCGAACAGUGUUUCAGCGGAGGCAUCGACUCGACCAUCCAGUGGUGGAACAUCCCCAGCUCCAACGUGGACCCCUACGACACCUACGAUCCCAGCGUCCUGGCGGGGUCGUGGUUGGGACACACGGAUGCCGUGUGGGGAUUGGCUUACAGCGGCAUCAAGAACCGCCUCCUGUCCUGCUCGGCCGACGGAACGGUGAAACUGUGGAACCCGACGGAGAAGAACCCCUGCAUCAGCACUUUCAACACAAACAACGAGCACGGGGUCCCCACGUCGGUGGACUUCAACGGGUGUGACCCCGCCCACAUGGUGGCGUCCUUCAACAGCGGAGACGUGGUGGUGUACAACCUGGAGACUUCCCAGAAUACACUGGUGCUGAAGGGGCAGGGAGAAGGCACCCUCCCGGGGUCCAAUCAUAUCAAUAAGGUGGUCAGUCAUCCCACGCUGCCGGUCACCAUCACCGCUCACGAAGACCGACAGAUCAAGUUCUACGAUAACAAGUCAGGUAAAGUGAUCCAUGCUAUGGUGGCUCACCUGGAUGCAGUGACCAGUCUGGCUGUUGAUCCUAACGGCAUCUACCUGAUGUCUGGAAGUCAUGACUGCUCCCUGCGUCUGUGGAACCUGGACAGUAAAACGUGUGUUCAGGAGAUCACGGCUCACCGGAAGAAGAGCGAGGAGGCCAUCUACGACGUGGCCUUCCACCCCUCCAAGGCCUACAUCGCCUCCGCCGGCGCCGACGCCCUCGCCAGGGUCUACGUGUAGACGACGAAGAGGAGGAGGAGGAGGAGGAGGAGGAGAGGGAGGAGGACCGCGGGGCGAGGGACAGACAGACACAGACAGAGACAGAGAGAGACACAAGCAGUAUUCAGGUCUGUUCAGGUCUCUGAACACAGAUUAUAUAUUAAUGAAAGACUGAACACACACACACACACACACACACACUCACUCAGCUGUGUCGUGUCCUCCGGCUGACUGAGGACUCUGGGAGACGUUCAGCAGGUGGAUACUGAGCAGCUCACCUGUCCUGUGAUGUCAUCACCCCGUCGUCCACUGAGUCCUGAUGACACUACAUGAAGCCCCGCCCCCUCCCUGGUGUCAACACUAGUCCGACCUCCUGACCUCCACCUUUAAAGGAAGAAUCCCCCGGAGUCGGCUCUCGUGGCGUUCUGCGUUUCACUCGUCGUCCAGAUGUUGGACAGCAGAAACCGUUUUCAGGUUUUGGCGUCUAUUUUGGCGUUUAUUCCUCUCAGUGAAGGCAGCGGUGUGUGUUGACGACUGACGCAGUGAGAUGACGGACGCAACAAAGGUCGCCAGCUGGACUCGGGGUCGUUCAACGGUCGGCGUUUUAACCCCCCCCCGCCCCCUUCAAUCUUCACUGAGCUUUGAAGCGACACUACGAGUGUAAAGUGUUGCCCGUUGAAGUGAUGCUGCAGCGCUCGUCGACGACGUAGCUCUGUGGUCAAACGGCGCCGUCGGCUCGCUAACGGCGAGUUCUUUUUCCAUCUUUUAGAUGGAGCUGUGUGGAAAGAGAGAGAGAGACGGGGAACCAAACUAAACUUCGUCUUCGUUAUUGGAGCGCUGAGGAACGUCGAGGCCGACUCGACUUUGACUCGUCUGCCGCCGCCACUUCUGUAGCUUCGUGUCUCCGGCUUCCAUCAGAAAACGACUCGCUCGCUGCGUCGCUCGUCGUGUGAACACGGCGUCGGUCCUCUCGGAGUCGGUACGGCGAUACAGAGGAAAUAUCAAACAUCACGAUCAGGGCUGUCGGAGGUAAUAACGCACAUUCGUUUUAACGCCACAAAUUAUUUUAAAGCAAUUUGUGAUUUUUAGGUUUUAGGUAGCGGCUCAGUUUUAAAUCCUGGUAUCAUCUGAAACUCUAGAACCUGAUGAAUCCAUCGGUACAAACCAGGUCACACUAGCUGCUCAUGAAGGAGGUUAAAUAACGCUCCAAAGUUACUCUACAUUUUGACGAGGAAAAACUGUAAUGGCCAUUUUCAAAGGGGUCCCUUGACCUCUGACCUCCAGAUCAGUGAAUGUGUGAGGGCUU